CUCAUAAACAAUCCUCAGCUGUAUUGUUCUCUUUUCGAAGAAAUUGGAGAUUUCUACUUUUCUUCGGCACUAUCCUGUUCACUACCAAGGAAAGAGAGACAGUAUUCAAUUUGAGCAAUUCCACGGACGAUAAAUUGUUAAAUGGCAAGCGAGGUAAAACAAGCUAACAUGUAUUAUGUAACAUGUACACUACUCUUGUUCAUCCGCUCACGAGAUUGUCUAUGCAAACACGUACCUCCAUCGUGUAACCAAGUGCUUCAUAAUUAUUACACAGGGCAAUAAGCUGUGGGGUGGACGUUUUUCUGGUGAUGUUGAUCCAGAGAUGAAUAAAUUCAACGCCUCCAUUGGAUUUGAUAAAAGAAUGUGGAAAGAAGACAUUAUGGUAAUCUUGUUUUCUAAUCCUAAGAGAGGUUCAAAGUCUGUCACAUUUUUAAUCAGUUCUUCCUUUGGUAAGUAGGUUAGUGAGGGUCUCAGUCUGUCAGUUAGUGAGCGGGUCAGUUAGUUUGUCUUGUCAAUUUUUUUUUCAGUCAUUCAGGAGUUCAUUGGUUAGCUGCAGUGGCUAGGUUGUAAAUUAUUCUUUGCUGAUUAGUUUUAGGGCCAGUCAAUUAGUUGGAAAUGUAACCAGCCAGUUAGGGAGUUUAGUCAGUCUGCCAUUCAUUCAGUCAGUCAUUCAAACUGAGAGUCAUUCAGUCACCCUAUCAGUCACCCAGCCAGUACUCCAGUGAGUCAUUCAGUGAGUCUGUCCAUCUGUUUUCAGUCUGUCCAUUUUCCCAUUAGAUGCAUUAAAUGUUAUUUUGUCAGUCAGACAGACAGAUCACCAAAUGAUUCGUAAUUGUCUGUGAGGGUUAAAAACAGUUGACCAGUCAAAAUAUUUCUAUAACUGCUAUGGAUAAUGAUCUGUUUUGGCCUUAACCUUGGAGUGGUAAGUUUUAAUGUUAAAUAUUUCUCACACUGUGAAAAUGUUUCUGAUGAUAGGGAAGUGAAGCAUAUGUUAAAGCAAUAGAGAAAAUUGGCUUAGUAACCAAGAAUGAAAUGGAAGAAAUCCUAAGUGGCUUAGGCAAGGUUAGUUGAGUACUUGGAUUAUGAAUACCUGUCCUUUUUUUAAGUAUUCAUUCUAAUCAUAGAGGAAUUUAACAUCCAGGCAUGAUAAUGCAAGUAUUUUUUGGUGUGUUCUUCAAAAUUUUAGUUUCAUUAGCUUCAUAUGUGAUUGGAUUUGUAAUCAUUUGUGUUUUGAUGGAAUAUUGUUUAUGGGAUCACUUUUAGAUACCUGCUAUGAACAAGAUAAAUUUCAUCAACAGUUAGAGAAACUUAAAAUUUACCUUUUACUUUAAUUUGUACUGCAAUUGUACUCAACAUCAACAACAUUUGUAGACCCAUUUUUUUAGUACUGCAUGUACAUUUUAUCCAUUUCAUUGCUGCAUUUAAAUCAUUCUUGGACUAUAAUAAUCAAUAAAAUAUAAUUUAAAGCAGGUGUAAAACAAUUUUGUCAUGUUGUUUUGAUCUUUAUCAGGUCAGAGAUGAAUGGUCAAAUGGAAGCUUUGAACUUCAACCAUCAGAUGAAGACAUUCAUACAGCAAAUGAAAGAAGAUUAAAGGUAACUUGAUUUGUUGUCACAUGUGUAUGAUACCUUGAUGUACUCUAAAAGAAUUAAUUUGUUACUUUGUAUUUACAGGAAAUUGUUGGAAGUGUUGGUGGUAAACUUCAUACUGGCAGGAGCAGAAAUGACCAGGUAUUAUUACUUUUUUAUUGAUUAUCCAUUUUACUUCCAGAAGUGAUCGACAUGAAACUUCUCCCAAUAAUAUCCUUACAUUAUCCAACAAACAGGCAAUGAGAAUAUUCAAACUUAUCAGGUAGAAUUUGUUAUCUUGAUCUUACACCAAAUUCUCACAACUAAUUUACAUGGAUAUUUGUAGCAACUAGUGGGGAGAAUUAACAUUCAGAUCUUGGGAGUUUAAGGGUUAUUAUUUAGUCAUUUAUAUUUUUUUAUGAUUUUUGCCCCAAAAAUGAUAAAUUAAGUCAUCAUAGUGUAAUGUUUGACAUAUAGCUCUUUUUGUUAUGAUUAUUUAAUAAUGCAUCAAAUGGCUUUAAAAAUUUUGUUGUAAAAUGUUUCACUUUUCCCUUCUUAAAGGCUCAAGUGGAUGCAAGGUAAAAAAACGUACAACACCAGGGCUAGAAUGACUUAUUUAUCUAUGAUAAGUGUAUUUUAUUUAUCAAACCUCAAAAUAAAACCAUUGUUAUGAACCAGAAAUUGAUGAUGUCAAACUGAUUUCCAGGGCUUUCACAUCUGUGGAGACUUUUUGAGAGUAAAAGUGUGCAUUUAUUUAGUUGGCAACUAUUCAAAUACAUAUACAAGGUUUUUUUAAACUAAAAGGUUACCAAACAUUAAUGUCUACAGUAUAAUCAUUAGAAUUACCACCACAUGCUUUGUGUUUUAUUUUAGAGUUUUUGGGACAGGAAGAGGCUUUUGAGAACUUGAAGCUCCAAAGGUAGAAUGCACUAGAGAGGGGGGGGGUGUGUGGAGGUGUUUGAUACACUGUCUACAGUAAACCAAUACAGAGAUACCUAUCUGGGUUCAUUUUCACAAGAUUUUGUCUUUUUACAAAUAUCUUUCACAGAUUGUGGCUUAAAACUGAGAUCAAGACUCUUCAAACCCUGUUGUUUGAGCUGAUUAAAGCCUUUCUAGUAAGAGCUAAAGUGUAAGUUUCCAUCAGUUUGCAGUUUGUAAAACCAGUAAUUCAAUGAUGAAAAAUGACAAACAAACAAACAAGUGAUUAAACUUUACAGCUCAGUAAAGAAAGUAGCCAAAGAAUCUUAAAUGUGCACGUGCAGACUUGGGCCCAGUUGUACAAAGGGGGGAUAAUUUUAUCUGACAGAUAAAUUGCUAUCUAGCAGAUGAGUGUUAACAAAACAAACUGUUCUAUGCACCAGGUGGAGGUUUAUCCAGUGAAUAGUGUUAUUCACCCUUUGAACAACUGAGGCCUGGUUUUCAAAUAUUUUUCUGUCAGUUAUUUUUUAAAGUAUUUUUGGUAAAUAAAAUUAAUAAUUUUCUGUUUUUAUAGAGAAAUCGACUUUCUGAUGCCGGGAUACACUCAUCUGCAGGUGCUAAUUCUAAGCUUGUUUGAUAAACUAUAAAACCUUUGUUUAUAUUAAAAUCUUAUUUAUUGAGAUAAUUGCAUAGCAGUUCACAUAAAAAUUUGUACUUUUGAUUAUCUUAGCGGGCUCAACCAAUAAGAUGGAGUCACUGGCUUUUGAGGUAUGAGUAACUAUUAAUAAAGAUUUAUAUAAGACUGAAAUAAUUGAACUAACAAAAGCUUGAGAAAAUGGUUUAAGCAAGAAUGUGGCUAUUUAUACUAUGCAUGGAUUGCAUAUGAAUGAAUGAUGAAAGCAGUACAUAAUAUUACAUAUAUACCAGCAGUUCUCAAUUUUAAAUUGUCAGUUGUUAAGUCUGGUAUAUUAAUAUGAAAGCAAUUUGCAGUAAUGAACACUAGUUGAGCAGUAGUGAAAAUAAGGCUUGAAAAAAAUUCAGACCUGUACAGGAUUUCAGGUGGUGCAGGCCUGAAUUUUCUUCUUUUUUUUUUUUUCCAGGCCUUAUUUUCACUUCUGCCCAAAGAAAAGUUCUUAUUCACUUCUUUAUCCGCAGUUCACAUAUAUGAUUUUUAUACAUUCACAGUCAUUUAGUCUGGUAUAUGUUUGCUAAUAGAGGCUAUGCCAUGCUUGAAUCAUUUCACUUAAAUAGUUAAAAAUUUGAUCUCAAGAUUGAUUUUUUUCUGAGACUUUUCCUUUUUUUUUGUGAAACUUCAACUUGUUGUGGUAAGUAAAAAGCUUGACAUUUUUGCUUUACUUUUUUUUAGUUAUGCUUGGGCACUGAAGAGAGAUUAUGAUCGCUUGGAAGAGGUCUCUAAACGAGUUGACGUCAACCCUCUUGGAAGGUUGGUAUUGACCUGACUGUGCAAGGAGGCAUGGGGAGGAGAAAACUGGCAAGAAGGUGGUUUGGAGGGGGGUAACUGUGUAGGGGGAAGGUCUGACACAUACUUUAUCGUACUCUUAUCGGAGUAUAAAUUGAAAGGUAUUGGUUUGAAUUCUUCUUGGUGUCACAAAAGUUAUUCCACAGGCAAAUACAUUCUAUGGGCUUGUCACAAAACACAUUCUUACCUCUGAGUGAUGAGAGCUUUUAUCAAGAAUAACAUGAUUAAUAGACAACUGACCAAUCAAUUGACUAACUGACUCACUGAAAGUGGCCAAAAGACUGAUGGAUUGAUUGACAGAAUAUUAAUGGCUGUGUAACUGACUUGCAAAUGACUAUCUGUUUUCCUGACUGACUCAUUCACUGCCUGUCUGACUGACAGUCUGACUUGCUGUCUGAGAGACUGUUUGGGUGACCCACUGAUUGGUUGACUGACCGACUGACUACCUGUAUGACUGCCUGACUGAUUGGCUGAAUAAGUGCCUGUCUGGCUGCUUUAUUGCCUUUUUAGUGGUGCCAUUGCAGGGAAUCCUUUCAAUAUUGACCGUCAGUUUCUUUCCAAAGGUAAAUAUUUUCAGAUAGUUUUUCCAUUCAACUUAUUCCUGGUAUCAACAACUAAUUUUUAUCAACAUUAAAGAUUGAUAAACAUAAACAUGGACAUCUUGAUAAACACCUACUUUCUCACUGAUGUUGCACAGCACCUGCCUCCAUCAUCACCUUACCUGACAAGAAAAUUAAGGUCUUCCUUAACACCUAAACUCCCAUGAGUGACCAAGACUGAAUUUCUCCUUACAACAUUAAUACAAUAUCAAGAAGACAAGUGGUGAGAAUAAAGAUAUUUAUUUAACUUUAAAUUAUUAGGGAUUAAUACCAAUUUAUCCGAACUAACAUCAUAAGAAUUAUAUGGCAGACUGACUGUUAGAAGAAUUUCUAAUGAAAUCUUGGGAAUAGAAGGGUUAAAUUCUUCUGUUCUGCAUAUCUGAGCUUUGAUGAAUCUUCUUCCAUCAAACUUUAUUCUUUGAAUUAUUUUUAGAGUUAAAUUUCUCCGCCGUGACAGGGAACAGUAUGGAUGCAGUAGGGGACAGAGACUAUAUUGUAGAAUUUCUCUUCUGGGCUUCGCUCUUGUCAACACAUCUCAGGUUUAAUUGACAAUGAAUAUAACAGAAUCAAGGAAAAGUGUUAUAUAAAAAUUUUUAACUUAAAGAAGGGAAGACCCACUAGGUCACUUGUCAGCUUGGUAGUUUCUCUCUGGCUGUAUAUCAAAUUUUUAGUCCUUUUAAAUUUCUUUGUUUUUAUAAUUUGUACCUCUUUCAACUUUAUGGUUACAGUUACCUACAGUUAAGUAUUUUCACAGAUGUAGCAGAUCAUGUCCUGUCUAGAAAUUUAGAACGAUAUUCUUUGGGGAAUCAGAUCAUGGCAUCAAAUUACAUGUAGGAAUGAAUGAAAUUUUUAUCUCAAACUUCUGAAAUGAUUUCAAACCAAGCACCCCUCCCCCUCCCUACCCCAUAAAAACUUGAUCCUGAGGCAAGGUGAUGAGUAUCUUUAAGAUGUUAUAGCAGUUCAUAUUUUUUGUUUUUAAAGCUCAUGUCUUCUUCCUCAUAAGUAAGUGAAAUAUUUCUCCUCAAAUCAUACUUGUUGUUCAUCUUCUUUCACAGUCGCUGGGCAGAGGACAUGAUUCUAUAUUCAACCAAAGAGUUUGGGUUUAUGUCAUUAUCUGAUGCUUACAGGCUGGUUUUCUUUUCAAGUUCUGUUUAUUUUUUACUUAUCUAUUCCUCUGAUGGGAUCCAUGAUACCUUUGUAAUCGCGUUUCUAGAACUUUUCCUGCUCAGGAAACAGGGAUUGUGGGAAUGCAUAUUCAAAGGGGAUAGGGCAAUUUUUUGGUUUUUCUCUUCCUCGCUUUGUGAUUGGUCUGAAAAACUCCCCUGUGACACCCUCUCCACCAAUAAGAUGCAACUUGGUCUUUAACACUUGCAUUUUUCUGUCCUUCAGAGGGUAUUGGAGUGUUUUAUUGUAAGUUCUUAAUAGCUUUAUUGGUGUGUUUUAUUCUAAGUUCUUGUUGGUUGUAUUGGUGUGUUUUAUUCUAAGUUCUUAUUGGUUGUAUUGGUUUGUUUUAUUCUAAGUUUUUAUUGGUUGUAUUGGUGUGUUUUAUUCUAAGUUCUUAUUGGUUGUAUUGGUGUGUUUUAUUGUAAGUUCUUAUUGGCUCCUUGUGAUAGUUUCCUUGGUUGUAAUUGGCGAUAGUGAUUUCCUUGGUUCUGGUUUUAUGGCCUUGAUCAAAAGGCCCUCACUGUCUUGGUAUUGUGUUCUCUUAUUUCACUGGGAAAAGCAGAGCACAUUUAUGAUAGAGUAGCACAUCAUUCAUUAACUGAUGACAAAACUCAUCGAGCUUAAACAAUGGUAACCUGGUCUGUGUUGAUUAUAUUUCAGCACUGGGAGCAGUUUAAUGCCUCAAAAGAAAAAUGCAGACAGUUUAGAAUUAAUUCGAGGGAAGUCAGGACGAAUCUUUGGCCGAGUAAGUAUUCAAAAACAUUGAGUUCACGUAAAUAGUUUUGACUUAGAGUCCUUGAGGUUUGAUAUCUAGUUUACUUUGUAAAUAAUGGUUGUUAAUUUUUGUUUUUUUUUUGCAGUGUGCAGGCAUGCAGAUGACCUUGAAGGUAACAUAUUUUAUUAACAUUUGUCUUAAGAUUGUAUUGUACAAUUUUAAACAUCAUGAGGUUUAUCUUAAAAUGAUGCUUUGUCAGGAUGUGCAAACUCUAAGAAGUUGGAAGAAACUAAAAGGAAUAAAUAAAGAUAAUAAAGGAUGGAAAAGAUUUUCACGGAUCCAAACUUGCAAUAAGUUUUGACUAGUAGACUUUUGACACAAACCAUUUUUGAAAUUUCAACUGCAGGAAAUUCUUUAUAUUGACAUCAGUAUGUAUACAAGUUUCCCAUGGCACUGAAAGGAGAGUUUUGUUAAAAAAUCAACAACUUUUUAUGCUUGCGAUCAUUUCCUUAAUUCUCACAAGCCUAAUGCUUUAUUCGACAGUGAUACUUUGUACUGGUAUUGCACAGGGUCGUGGGUCCAAAUCCCAUACAGGCCUGAAUUUUUUCAGGCCUUAUUUUCACUACUGCUCAAGUAGUGUUCAUUACUGCAAAGAUCGCCUCCAUAUUCAAUUCUUUAUCUGCAGUUCACUUUUUUUUUCAUAUAUUUACAGUCAGUGUUUCUCAAAUGAGAAAUUAGAUACACCUUGUUUUAUUCUUAUUGUGCAGGGUAUCCCAAGUACCUACAACAAAGACUUACAGGUGAGAUUUGUGGCUGAGAAAUACAGAAAGAUUUGUAAUCCCUUUACCACCCUUUUUUCCAUAAAAACCUGUGAUCUCAGGUCAUCUGGUAAUUGAGGAAGAUUGAGGAAGAUUAGAAAUUAGGUCGUGAGCUACUUUAAAAGAAUUCCAUUGCUCCCAAAUUGACAUUAGUUCUUCCUGUUCCUUCCUAGGAAGACAAGGAACCAUUGUUUGAUGUGUGUGACACAUUACGUGGUUUACUUCAAGUAGCUACUGGAACCUUACUCACACUCAAGGUGAGCAAUGAAUCUUACAAGAUAAUAGAGCUUUGGACUCUAUAUAAGUUCCUACUUUUUUCUGAACUUAUUGUUCAUUCUUAUUUGUUAUCAUCAGAUACACAAAGACAAGAUGUUGGCUGCACUGAGUCCAGAUAUGCUGGCCACAGACCUGGCUUAUUACCUUGUGCGGAAAGGGGUAGGUCUGAAGACAACAGAGAAAUGCAAAACAGUCUAAGCUUAUCUCAAAAGAAGUCUAUAAAAUGGGCAAGGAAAUGAACUCUCAACUUUUACCCAAGUGGAUUAGUUUAUAUAAUUAAUGGACUUGCAAGAGUCCAACACAAUUCAACCAUCAGUUAUAUAUUGUAUGUAUGCUUUCAGGUUCCCUUCCGUGAGGCUCACAGGUUGUCCGGUGAGGUAGUUCAGGCUGCGGAAACCAAAGGCUGUCUUCUGAAUGAACUCACUUUGAAUGACUUGAAGCAAAUCAGGUGAGCCAAAGUCAAAGGCUGCUGCUGGUUUGAAAACCCUUAUUGCUGUUUGUUAAUCAAGAGGUUUUUUCUCAAAAUCAUAAAUUCCAUUUAGUGCUACUAUCUCAAUGGAGUCAAUGUUGUUUUCACUCAAAAUUAAAAGAUCUGCAGCAAUACUGCUGCAUGUUCUCUCUACUCCUGACAGAUUCUCGUACAAGGGCAUGUGGGCUAACUGUCGUUAUCUCACUAAUUAUAAGCAUACUUAAUAUUCUACUUAAUGAAAUCCAACUCUGAUCCAAGAUCUCUGUUCUUUUCCCCCCUUCCCCCCUUGCCCCUUUCCCCCCUUCCCUCUUUUGCCCCCUCCCUAACCCCUUCCUUCACCCCCUCCUUAAAAAAAAACCUGAAUUGAGAGAGAUGAAAGAGCCUGGGAAAAUGUUUAGGCUGCAGGAUAUGCAUUUACUGGUUUAGAAAGAGUUUGGUGAAAUAAAAAGUCCAUAAUUUUUUUAAGUUUUUUUUUCUUGUGUGCUCUUUCCAGCCCACUGUUUGAGGAAGAUGUUAAUGAAGUGUGGGACUAUGAACAUAGUGUGGAACAAUAUUCAGCUGAGGGAGGAACUGCUAAGAGCUCUGUUGAGGGACAAAUUUACAAACUACAACAAUGGAUGGAUUAUUAUGGAGAGAAUCAACUUACAGCAGAAUGA